AACAAUGUCGCGAUUAGCUUUAUUGCGCAACCUAUUCUUCCAUAGGCAGAACUUACUGCCCAAAGCAGUGGCGCGCCUGCAAUGUGCGGCCACGCUGCAUAUGAGCCCCUGCCUGCGACAGGAAGCGUCGCGCGGCAGUGGUCGAGGCGGCGCCCUACAACAGUCAAAGGGUGGCGCCGAUGUCUCCACAAAUGUACGGCCCAUUGGUGAGAAGAUCAAGGAGAACACAAAGACGGCCAGCUAUACGGCGAUAAUUGUGGCAGGUCUGGGUGUGACCGGCAUCAUGUUUUAUGCUAUUUUCCGCGAGCUCUUCUCUAGUGAAAGUCCUAACAAUAUCUAUGCCGAUGCCCUGAAACGUGUGGUUGAUGAUCCACGUGUUCAGGAUGCCAUUGGAGCUCCCAUCAAAGGCUUUGGCGAGACAUCGCGACGCGGACGUCGUCAGCAUGUGGCGCACUCGAGCUACGAGCGACAGGGAAAACCACAUAUGAGGAUGCAGUUUUAUGUUCAAGGACUAAGGAACCGUGCCACCGUGCAACUGGAAUCGAGAAGGUCUUGUACAGGUAAACUGGAAUAUCGUUAUUUGUUUGUGCAAUUGGAUCAUUAUCCCCGAACCACUAUCGUGCUGGAAGACAAUCGCGCCCUUGAUUCUAUUCCCGAGCCAGAGACUACCCCUGCCACAUCUUCUUCAUCGUUUGGAAGUCUGGCCCUUUUGUCCAAUAGUCAGGACAAAUAGUUGAUUAUUCUUCACUGCACUUAAAUUCUCUGUUUAGUUGUUGUAUUUAUUUUUUGACUGACAAUGAAAAUCCCAUUGGAAAACCCCA